AUGCAUCAAAGGGCACAGGAGCUAACCGAACAGCUUCAUGAUGUGCUUCAGCGUUUUCGUGCUUCCGAGUUGUGGGAAAAUUGGAACACCCAGCAGUCCCUCAGCGGCUUUGUGGACGAGUGUGGCCAUCUGAUCUUGGUGGUUCAGGCGGCUUGCGACCCCGACAUGAAGCUUACUUCGGAGACAGCAGAAAGCUUGAAGGCUGCGAGGCAGGCCUUGUUGCAAAAGAAGAACAGGGCAGUCUUCUUGGAGUCUCUCACCCUGUUUCCGCUGGGGCAGUAUGUGCAGCAGACAUGUAAUGAGAUGCUAGAAGGUCAUUACCGGGAUGUCGGCUUCAGUUCUGAUUUGGAAGGCUGUGUGACUGCCUGUGCGGAACUGAAAACCUACAGCCCCGAAACGGUUGUGAAGGGUGAUGCUAUGGAGAUCAGUGUUGAGCAGAUGCAGAAAGUAAUCGACAUUUUGCAGAAAUGGUCCAUGAUUGAGCUUGCUGCUAGCAAGAAUUUCAAAGAGAUGCAUGCCAGCAAGCUGUCAAUUAUAGAUGCGAAAUUCGAGGAGUUGGCAGGUGCCUUGAAGGUGGCCUGCACCAAUAGGUUUCGCAAGCUUGUGUCAGAUGAUCUUCAGCCCCAUCUGGAGAGCUUGUCCCAGGGCAAGAUGUCAGUGCUGGAAGGCUUGCCGGCGCUUGCGGAGGCUUUGAACAAAUCUAAGCUUUGGGUGCCCUGCAGUAUGACAGUGCUUCAGAAGUGCCUUGGGAGCAAGAGCAAACCAUUGAUCAGCACCUUCACCCAUGUACGGGAGUUCUUGUCCAAGAUGGCAAAAGUGUGCCCCUCGAUUGUGGCGAUCAUUCAGAUUGAGCAGACGGGCGAGGGGGUGAAUCAGUAUGGGCCUUCCAGGCUUCUCAUUGCCGAGUUGAUUGACUUCAUGCGGGCCUUCAGCGAUCCGAAUAUGCAGAGCAGUUUGAGUUCCAUGGAUAAUGCUUGGUGGCUUGUGAUCUGUGCUUGCAUGGACAAGCUUUGCAAGGGUGCCAUGACCAUUACCGCCAACGAGACAACUGGCUUCCGGAAGUUCAUUCAGUUCGUUGCAUCUGACACUGCUUGCGGUGAUAACUUUGCAGACAUCGUCGGCGAGUUUCAUGAGGACGACUCCGACAACAUGAUUGACUUUACCGCAGUGUUCGAGCUGUAUGGUGCACACAUCGGGCAGGGCUGGUCACCAUUGAAGAUCGACAUCACGACCACCGAGGGCGAGGACGGGCCGACCACGAUUGAUGUCAGCAGUGCAGCCUUGUGUGCCGCCGGCGCCUUGCUGCCGAUGGCGAAGAUGAUCGUGCACAUGACUGGAUGGUUGAAGACCCAGGGUGGAAUGCAAGCUUCCUACAAGGCCGAUAUCUCAAUGAGCCAAUUAUAA